UUGAUAAAAAUACCCACGAGGAAAAAUUUGAAAAUUUGAAGCAAUAUUUUAAGAUGAGAAUAGCAAUGGAUGCAGAUUCCUCAUUUGAAGAUGAGUUUUAUCAAAGACCAAGACGUAAACCAAAGAGUGGUAAACAGAAAGGUAUCCGUGGUAACCCAGAAGGUGACAGUAUUAUGGGAAAAGAUAAAGGAAAGUUAAGAGCUCCUCCAAACAGUGAUAAUGACUCUUCAUUCGAUGUAAUAUCUCCUUCCAAGAAAAGAAAAACACAUAUCAAUCCAGAUCCACUUGAAAAUGUUCAGCGUAAACCCACAAAGCGCCAUCUACAGAUGUACAGUGAUACUGACCUGUCAUCAUUAGAUCAAACAGAUACACCAGACACAUUAAGUCAGAUAAGCUCUAUAAUGCCUUGUUCUGACGUGUCGAUGCAAACAACAUUUUCCCGCAUGAGAAAGCCAAGAGGAAGAGCUGAUAUCACUUUAGAAAAGGCAGUUCAAAAGGCCAGAGGUCAACCAGAUGGUGCAGAAAGGUCUUUCCAUCAAAAGAAAGCAAGUAAAUCCAUACUUCAACCAAGAUUGUCCACUGUGAGAGAGGCUGCUGAAGGGAGAACAUCAGAUAGUUCUACACAAGAAGUAUGUGUAGAAGAUGAACCUGCGUCACCUGGUCCACAACAGUUUGAAAGGCGGAAAUCAAUGAAGGUAAAAUUGAAACGAGCAGCCAGUAAUGCAGCAGGAAAACUGAAGUCAUUAAAAGGAAAGAAGGUUCAGCUUAGUGAAAGUAGACUUAUUGCUAAGUGUAAAAUGGAAGAUUCGCAACUAGAAGAAACUUCAGAAUCUAAGAAGACUAAAUUAAAAGAGCUUCCAUUCAAAGAAAGAAAGAAAGUUCGUAAAAUGUUAAAGAAUAAUUUCAAUAUGAUUCAAAGAUCAAAGAAAAUAUGGGAAGAAUUACGAAGACAUGAUGUUAAGGACAAUAAAAAACAUGAGCUAUGUACAGAAUUAAUGGGAUUUGUUAAAGGAAACAUGAAAGAGUUUGCAUUUGCUCAUGAUACAGCGAGAGUAUUACAGUGCCUUGUGCAACAUGGAUCACCAGGUCAGAAAGAUGAGGUAUUUGAGGAAGUUAAAGAUCAGAUAUGUUUAAUGGCCAGGUCAAAGUAUGCUAAGUUCUUGGUGAAGAAACUAAUUGUUUAUGGGUCAAAACAACACAAGAAUCAUGUCUUCAAGAGUUUCCAUGGAAAUGUUAGAAAACUGGUUAGACACAGGGAAGCUUCAGAUUUAGUAGAAUUUGCAUAUAAUGAAUAUGCAAAUGCGCCACAGAGACUGUCGUUAUUGGAGGAUUUUUAUGGUCCAAGCUUUAUUUUAUUCAAGACCCCAGACAUGAGAUGCCUGGAUCAGAUGUUGAUGUUACAACCAGAUAAAAAGGACAUGAUUCUCAGUAACAUGAAAGAAGCUUUACUGCCUCUUAUUGAUAAGACCAUUUUAGUACAUUCCAUGGUACACAGAAUUUUCUUUGAAUUUUUUGUUCAUGCAUCAGACAAAAUGAGAUCAGACAUGAUUGAAGCCUUAAGAGAAUCUUUAAUGCAUAUGAUACAUACAAGAGAUGGAUCACGAGUUGCUAUGUAUUGCUUUUGGUAUGGUAAUGCUAAGGACAGAAAAAUAAUGAUUAAAAGUUUAAAGACCCAUGUGAUGAAGAUCUGUUGUGAAGAAUAUGGACACUUAGUGAUGUUAGCCAUGUUUGAUGGUGUUGAUGACACAAAACUAGUACAGAAAGCUAUUCUUGAUGAUGUUAUUAAGAAUGUGCCUCAACUAGCUAAGAAUCAAUAUGGAAAGAAAGUGCUGUUGUAUUUACUAUGUCCAAGAGAUCCACAUUUUUUCCACCCAGAUGUUGUUAAGAUCUUACAAGAGGCUGAUCUCAGUACAACUAGCAAAAAACAGAAAUCAAUACGUCACAGAGAACUGUUAGAAUUUGUAUCAGAACCAUUAUUAAAGUACAUAGUGGAUUAUACUAGAGAACUUGUAAUGGACAAUACUUCAUUGCUGUUUUUAUCAGCCAUCAUUACACAUUCUUUGGGAGAUCCAACAGAAGCUAUGACAGCAAUAGCUAAGAUAGCAUCUGAACCAUUUGUGGCUGGAAGUUUACAAAACAUGCAUAUUGUAGAACAUAGUGCUGGUCACAUGGCUCUAAAGAAGUUAAUACAGUCUGACAAAGAGAGGAUCCAAGAUGGAAAAUCAGUGCUGUUUUCCCAGAUAUUAUUACAGACAUUACCAGAUGGAUGUUUGAAAUCUUGGGCAGCUUGUAACAGAGGAUGUUUUACAUUAGCAUUUUUAUUGGAGUUGGAUCAUCCAGAAGUUACAGACCUAGUCACGGCACAGUUAAUUGGUGUACGAAAUGCUUUGAAAAAAAUGACAUUCAAAGGCGCACAAGUCCUUAUGCAAAAGUUAGACGCUGUCAAUGGAGAGUUCAAGUUGUAAAAAAUCUCAUUACAUGUAUGAUACAAGAUUAAUAAACCCCUAUAUUAAAGCCUGAGGCUUAUGUUGAAAACUAAAAAGAUAUUGCCAACUUGAAAUAUAGGUAAUAGCUUUUAUGAGAAACUGAUAUUCCAACAAAAUUCAUAAAAAACAUAAACUGAUAGUGUUAUAUUUAUAAAUAGCUUACAAAUAAAUUGAAUCAACAUUCAUUUUUGUGAUUUGAAAUUUUAACUUAUUGCACAGGUUACUUGUAAAAAGUACUUCUGUAAAUGUAUGACAGGGAUAAAAUUGUGCAUCGAGUUUUGGGUAUUGCAAUUAAUACUUUAUGAACCUAAACAAAAACUGAUAUGGAAUGAGAGGUUUCACUGAACAUGUAUAUGCAGUGCAAGGUAUUUUAUUUUAUUCUUGUCUGUGUUGUGAGCCAAGAAUGAGUGCAAUAUUUGUAAUACAGUUAUGUAAUGAGUUUUAUAUUUGUACAAAGUUAUCCAUGUCCUGAAUGCUGUGUAGUUUGAUUAUUGCCAGAAUUUAUUUGUUUGUGAGCUGUAGGAAAGAGGGCAUUAAUUGAAUUCAUAUCAGUUUUCUUCGAUAAAAAUCACAACUGUAUAUUGGCUUACGUUUGAAAAAUACUGAAGAUGGAGAAUUUAAAUAAUGUUGAAAAUGAAGCUUAAGAACAUAAUGAUAAGUACUUUUAGAAAUUUUAAAUGCAAAGUACCUUUGUUAUACUUUUUUAGUUGUGUACAAUCAUGCAAAAGGUUUUUGUAUACAGAAAGAAUUUUAGACUGACUUUUUAUUUGGAAAAUGCACUUGUUUUAUGUACAGACAUUGAGAAGUGAUGUAAAUUAUUAUUCUGAGUAAUAAAAUUGUUUUUGUUGUAAAAAA